ACCCUGAGCCCAGGGAACACCUUCUCCAUGCUGGAGGUUCCCCCUUGGACGCUGGUUUACAGGACGGUCCAUGACCUGUUCUACAGAACCAUGUCAGAGAGCCAGGCCCAGAUCAUCAGCCUGCAGCAGGUCCAGGAUAUCUCCCGACAGAACUUCGACCCGCGUGUGGCUUGACCCACUAGGUGUCACAGCCGUAGCGUUUACUUUGCCAUUUUGCCCAGCAAGCUCAUCGCUACUCCGUCAGAGGGCCAAAGGGAGGCCGAGACACUGGGUUCAUGUUCCUGGCUAAGGUGCUUGUGGGUAAAACCUGAUUAGGAAGGAUGGACUACGUCCGUCCCCCCUCGACUCCCCAACCAAACGAGCUCAGGACGGGAUCACUAUGACUCCUAUGUGAAUCGGAUGGAGAAUCCUAAUGUUUUUGUUGUGUUUGACAGCAGUCAGUGCUACCCCUACUACCUCAUCAAGUACAAGGUCCUGGCAAACAAUGGUAGUACUAUGUGA